GCUGGGGUUUUGAGUUCUCUCUGACACCAGCAAACCGAGCAGCAGAUGGGGAGAACUGGCAAGGGAUAUGUCGGAGAGCUGAGCAGUGGGGUCACGGAGAAUGGAUUGAUCCUGCUAGCGCAUACCCUGGAGCCCAGGCCAGCGCACCCCGGACCAGGGCAGGCCCACAGAUCACCACUGUAGAGCUGAGAUGGGCAAUGCUGCUCUCUGCUCGUCCUGCCAUGCGAACAAGAGCGUUAGAGCACAGGGCAACAUGCUGGAGCUGGAUCCAACUCCAGACUACUAUGGCUGUAACAGUGAGGAAGCCAAAACACCUGUGUCCCGGUCUGACAGCAAUGCCAGCUUCCUCCGUGCCGCCAGAGCAGGCAACCUGGACAAAGUUGUGGAGUAUCUAAAGGGGGGCAUCGACAUCAACACCUGCAACCAGAAUGGACUCAAUGCUCUCCAUCUGGCUGCCAAGGAAGGCCACGUGGGCCUCGUGCAGGAGCUGCUGGGAAGAGGGUCCUCCGUGGAUUCUGCCACUAAGAAGGGAAACACUGCUCUUCACAUUGCCUCACUGGCCGGACAAGCGGAAGUUGUCAAAGUUCUAGUUAAAGAAGGAGCCAAUAUCAACGCACAGUCACAGAAUGGCUUCACUCCUUUGUACAUGGCUGCCCAGGAGAAUCACAUUGAUGUUGUAAAAUAUUUGCUAGAGAACGGAGCUAACCAGAGCACUGCUACGGAGGACGGCUUUACUCCUCUAGCCGUGGCACUCCAGCAGGGACACAACCAGGCAGUGGCCAUCCUCCUGGAGAAUGACACCAAAGGGAAGGUGAGGCUGCCGGCUCUGCACAUUGCGGCUCGGAAAGAUGACACCAAGUCCGCUGCCCUUUUGCUUCAGAAUGAUCACAACGCUGAUGUACAAUCCAAGAUGAUGGUGAAUAGGACAACCGAGAGCGGCUUCACCCCUUUGCACAUAGCUGCACACUAUGGAAACGUCAACGUGGCGACUCUUCUUCUAAACCGGGGAGCCUCGGUGGACUUCACGGCCAGGAAUGGAAUUACUCCCCUGCACGUGGCUUCCAAAAGGGGCAAUACCAACAUGGUCAAGCUCCUACUGGAUCGAGGUGGUCAGAUCGAUGCCAAAACAAGGGACGGGUUGACACCACUUCAUUGUGCUGCGCGAAGUGGGCAUGACCAAGCGGUGGAGCUGCUGCUGGAACGGGGUGCCCCCUUGCUGGCAAGGACCAAGAACGGACUGUCUCCACUUCACAUGGCUGCCCAGGGGGACCACGUGGAAUGUGUGAAGCACCUGCUACAGCACAAGGCGCCUGUAGAUGAUGUCACCCUGGAUUACCUGACGGCCCUUCAUGUUGCUGCACAUUGUGGUCACUACCGUGUCACCAAACUCCUUCUGGACAAGAGAGCCAACCCGAAUGCAAGAGCCCUGAAUGGUUUUACUCCACUGCACAUUGCCUGCAAGAAAAACCGCAUCAAAGUCAUGGAACUGCUGGUGAAAUAUGGGGCUUCAAUCCAAGCUAUAACAGAGUCUGGCCUCACACCAAUACAUGUGGCUGCCUUCAUGGGCCACUUGAACAUUGUCCUCCUUCUGCUGCAGAACGGAGCCUCUCCAGAUGUCACUAACAUUCGUGGUGAAACAGCACUUCACAUGGCAGCCCGGGCUGGGCAGGUGGAAGUGGUCCGAUGUCUCUUGAGGAAUGGUGCUCUUGUGGAUGCCAGAGCCAGGGAGGAACAGACGCCUUUACAUAUUGCCUCCCGACUGGGGAAGACAGAAAUUGUCCAGCUACUUCUACAACAUAUGGCUCAUCCAGAUGCAGCCACUACGAAUGGGUACACACCCCUGCACAUCUCUGCUCGGGAAGGACAGGUAGACGUGGCCUCUGUCCUGCUGGAAGCCGGAGCAGCACACUCCUUAGCGACCAAGAAGGGUUUCACUCCCCUGCAUGUAGCAGCCAAGUAUGGAAGCCUGGAUGUGGCAAAACUUCUCUUGCAGCGCCGCGCAGCCGCAGACUCGGCAGGAAAGAAUGGCCUUACCCCGCUCCAUGUUGCUGCUCAUUAUGACAACCAGAAGGUGGCGCUGCUGCUGCUGGAGAAGGGUGCUUCCCCUCACGCCACUGCCAAGAAUGGUUACACUCCUUUACACAUUGCUGCCAAGAAGAACCAGAUGCAGAUAGCUUCCACACUGCUGAGCUAUGGAGCUGAGACUAACACUGUGACGAAGCAAGGGGUCACUCCGCUGCAUCUGGCCUCACAAGAGGGGCACACAGAUAUGGUCACUUUGCUUCUGGAAAAAGGAGCCAAUAUCCACAUGUCAACCAAGAGCGGGCUCACGUCCUUACACCUUGCAGCACAAGAAGACAAAGUGAACGUCGCUGACAUUCUCACCAAACACGGGGCUGACCAGGAUGCCUGCACAAAGCUUGGUUACACCCCAUUAAUCGUGGCUUGUCACUAUGGAAACGUGAAAAUGGUCAACUUCCUUCUGAAGCAGGGAGCAAAUGUCAAUGCAAAAACCAAGAAUGGCUACACACCUCUGCACCAAGCUGCCCAACAGGGCCACACACACAUCAUUAAUGUCCUGCUCCAGCAUGGGGCCAAGCCAAAUGCCACCACUGCGAAUGGGAACACAGCCCUGGCGAUUGCUAAGCGGCUGGGCUACAUCUCUGUGGUUGAUACUCUGAAGGUUGUGACUGAGGAGGUCACCACCACCACCACGACUAUCACAGAAAAACACAAGCUGAAUGUUCCCGAGACAAUGACGGAGGUUCUUGAUGUUUCUGAUGAAGAGGGUGACGAUACAAUGACCGGCGAUGGAGGAGAAUACCUUAGGCCAGAAGAUCUCAAAGAACUCGGUGAUGACUCGCUGCCCAGCAGCCAGUUCCUGGAUGGCAUGAACUACCUGCGGUACAGCCUGGAAGGCGGAAGAUCCGAUAGUACCAUUCCCAGCCUCCGCUCCUUCAGUUCCGACAGGUCUCACACUCUGAGCCAUGCAUCGUACCUGAGGGACAGUGCCAUGAUUGACGACACGGUUGUGAUUCCCAGCCACCAGGUGUCAGCUCUAGCCAAGGAGGCAGAAAGGAAUUCUUAUCGUCUGAGCUGGGGCACGGAGAACUUAGACAACGUGGCUCUUUCUUCCAGCCCUAUUCAUUCAGGCCGCGCCUCUCCAUGUCUUGAUCGUGACCACAGCAGUUUCCUGGUCAGUUUUAUGGUGGAUGCCCGUGGUGGUGCCAUGCGAGGAUGCAGACACAACGGGCUCAGGAUCAUUAUCCCACCUCGGAAAUGCACCGCACCGACGCGAGUCACCUGCCGCCUGGUGAAACGCCAUAGACUGGCAACGAUGCCGCCCAUGGUGGAAGGAGAAGGCCUGGCCAGCCGCCUCAUUGAAGUGGGGCCUUCUGGAGCUCAGUUCCUUGGUAAACUUCACCUGCCAACGGCUCCUCCCCCACUUAAUGAGGGAGAAAGUUUGGUCAGCCGCAUCCUUCAGCUGGGGCCUCCUGGAACCAAAUUCCUUGGGCCCGUGAUCGUGGAGAUUCCUCACUUUGCUGCCCUUCGAGGAAAGGAGAGGGAGCUGGUGGUUCUGCGCAGUGAAAACGGGGACAGCUGGAAAGAGCACUUCUGUGAAUACACGGAGGACGAGCUGAACGAGAUCCUCAAUGGCAUGGAUGAAGUGCUGGACAGUCCGGAGGACCUGGAAAAGAAACGAAUCUGCCGCAUCAUCACUCGUGACUUCCCACAGUACUUUGCGGUGGUGUCGCGCAUCAAACAGGACAGCAACCUGAUUGGCCCAGAAGGAGGAGUGCUGAGCAGCACUGUGGUGUCGCAGGUGCAAGCCGUCUUCCCCGAGGGCGCACUCACCAAGCGCAUCCGUGUAGGCCUGCAGGCUCAACCCAUGCACAGUGAGUUGGUGAAGAAGAUCCUAGGCAAUAAAGCAACCUUCAGUCCUAUAGUCACUUUGGAACCCAGGAGAAGGAAGUUUCAUAAGCCUAUCACCAUGACAAUUCCUGUUCCCAAAGCUUCAAGUGAUGUCAUGCUGAAUGGUUUUGGGGGAGAUGCACCAACCCUAAGAUUACUCUGCAGCAUAACAGGUGGAACCACGCCUGCACAGUGGGAAGACAUCACAGGAACUACGCCACUAACAUUCGUCAAUGAAUGUGUUUCCUUUACAACCAACGUGUCUGCCAGGUUCUGGCUGAUAGAUUGUCGACAGAUUCAGGAAUCUGUUUCCUUUGCAUCGCAAGUGUAUAGAGAAAUUAUCUGUGUACCAUAUAUGGCCAAAUUUGUAGUCUUUGCCAAAUCACAUGACCCCAUUGAAGCCAGGUUGCGGUGCUUCUGUAUGACAGAUGAUAAAGUAGAUAAGACCCUUGAACAACAAGAAAACUUCUCUGAGGUGGCCAGGAGCAGGGAUGUGGAGGUAUUAGAAGGAAAACCUAUUUAUGUUGAUUGUUUUGGCAACCUGGUACCACUAACCAAGAGUGGCCAACAUCAUAUAUUCAGCUUUUUUGCCUUCAAAGAAAACAGACUUCCUCUCUUUGUCAAGGUACGUGAUACAACUCAGGAACCUUGCGGGCGACUCUCGUUCAUGAAGGAACCCAAAUCCACAAGAGGCCUGGUGCAUCAGGCCAUUUGCAACCUAAACAUCACCCUGCCAAUUUAUGCGAAGGAAUCAGAGUCAGAUCAAGAGCAGGAGGAAGAGAUCGGUAUGACAUCAGAAAAAAAUGAUGAGACAGAAUCGACAGAAACAUCUGUCCUGAAAAGCCACCUGGUUAACGAAGUUCCCGUCUUAGCCAGUCCGGACUUGCUCUCUGAAGUUUCUGAGAUGAAACAAGACCUGAUCAAAAUGACGGCCAUCUUGACCACAGAUGUGUCUGAUAAGGCAGGUUCCCUCAAAGUGAAAGAGCUGGCGAAGGCUGCUGACGAGGAGCCAGGCGAACCGUUCGAAAUUGUCGAAAGAGUUAAGGAGGACUUAGAGAAGGUGAAUGCAAUCCUGCGAAGUGGCACCUGUGUCCGAGAUGAAGGCAGAGUACAGAGUUCUCAGUCCGAGCGAGAGCUAGAGGAGGAAUGGGUCAUUGUCAGUGAUGAGGAAAUUGAAGAGGCCAAGCAGCACGCACCUGUAGAAAUGACUGAACGCCCAUGUGUAGAAGUCAGAGUAGACAGGGGGACCAAGGUCAAAUCAGAGAAGGACGCCACUGGCUUAGUGAACUACCUUACAGAUGACCUAAACUCAUACACUUCUCAUGAAAAGAAGCCGCAGUCAGCUCAGGAGAAGUCAGGGGAGGCGAGUCAGGCCUCUGCUGUUGGCAAGAGCUCUGAGACUAAUAAAGGGAAGGCUGCGCCAGCAGAGGAGAAACAGAGCGCACAGAAGCAGCCCAAACCGAGCCUGGUGAUAAAGAAGCCGGUGCGGAGGAAACUAAAAGAAAAGCAGAAACCAAAAGAUGAAAGCUCCCAAGGCAGUGAAGAAACGGCCGAACUAAAGAAAGGUAGCUCAGAGGAGUCGGUAGACGAAGAGCGAGGCCUGGCCCCCGAACCCCUUCCCACUGCCAAGGCCACCUCACCUCUGAUAGAAGAAACUCCUAUUGGUUCCAUAAAGGACAAAGUAAAGGCCCUUCAGAAGCGAGUAGAAGAUGAACAGAAAGGUCGGAGCAAGUUGCCGGUCCGAGUCAAAGGCAAAGAAGAUGUACCUAAAAAGACCACGCCCAGGACACACCCAGCUGUGUCACUGUCUUCAAAGUCAUCUCCUUCCUCUAAGACAGACCGGCACUCUUCCCUUUCUUCCUCUGCAAAAACCGAAAGACACACGCCAGUGUCACCAUCAGGCAAAACAGAGAAACACUCGCCCGUGUCACCCUCGCCAAAAACCGAACGACAUUCACCAGUAUCCUCAGGUAAACCCGAGAAACACUCACCCGGAUCCCCAUCCACAAAAAAUGAAAGGCAUUCCCCUGUGUCGUCUGUGAAAACGGAGCGACACACCCCUGUGUCACCUUCGGGUAAAACAGACAAACGUCCCUCAGUUCCGCCAUCUGGAAGAACGGAGAAGCACCCUCCUGUGUCACCCGGGAGAACAGAGAAACGCUUGCCAGUUUCACCGUCUGCAAGAACUGCAGAGAAGCAGGCCCCCAUGUCAACUGCUGGGAAAAAUGAUAAGCACCUGCCUGUGUCCCCUGGGAAGACAGAGAAGCAGCCACCCGUCUCUCCCACCUCCAAAACAGAACGAAUUGAGGAGACAAUGUCUGUCCGGGAGUUGAUGAAAGCGUUCCAGUCAGGUCAGGACCCAUCGAAACACAAGACCGGACUCUUUGAGCACAAAUCAACAAAGCAAAAGCAACCACAAGACAAAAGUAAAACCCGGGUAGAAAAAGAAAAGGGGCACACAGUAACUCAGAGAGCAGAAAGCCAGACAAUCAAGCGUGGCCAGAGGUUUCCAGUGACAGGACCUGCUGAAUCCAGAAGGUUCCGUUCUUCCACCAUCACUGUUGGGCUCAGGACAGAAGAUCCAGGUAGAGAAAGGUUUGAGAAAGGCCGUGUUGUUAAAACACCCGAGCCAAUUCCAUCAGUGGUGGCAGAUGGGAGCCCUCGGGGCAAUGAGACCCUUCAAGACAAAAUAGUAGAUGAGCAAGGAGACAUGGAUCUUCAGAUCAGCCCAGACAGGAAAACCUCCACUGACUUUUCUGACGUCAUCAAGCAAGAGCUAGAAGACAAUGACAAAUACCAGGAGUUCCGCCUCACCGAGGAGACAGAGAAGGCUCAGAUUCAGUUAGACCAAAUAAUCACAAGUCCUUUCAACACAACCCUUCCGCUAGAUUACAUGAAAGACGAGUUUCUUCCAGCUCUGUCUUUACAGAGCGGGGCUUUGGGUGGCAGUUCCGAAAGCCUGAAGCAGGAAGUUGUAGCAGGCUCCCCUUGCGGCAGCCUGAUGGAGGGCACCCCUCAGAUCAGUUCGGAAGAGAGCUACAAGCAUGAGGGCCUAGCAGAAACCCCCGAGACAAGUCCAGAGAGUCUUUCUUUUUCACCAAAGAAAAGUGAGGAACGCAUUGAAGAUAUCAAGGAAACCAAGGUAGAGAUACCCACAGAAAGUCAUUCAGAAACAGAGCUUCCUGUAGCUAAAGACAUGCCUGAUAGUGCUGAAACACAAGGUGCUGAGGUCACUGAGGGUUCAGAAUCCUCCACUGAGCAUGGUCAGAAGGAGGUCACCCAAGAUGUGUGCGUCAAACAAGAUGGUUGCCCUAGCAGCCACAGUGUAUCAUUAGCCAAUGAAACAAGCCAGGCAUUUACUAAGAAAGGGUCUUGUGAUGAAAGUCAGCUCCCAGUUGUUAGUUCAGCUUAUAAGACCCAACCAGAAAGUGAAAUUCAGGAAUCCACAACUCCCUCCGAGGUGACAAAGACCUUCCCACCAUCUGAUGCUUCUAUGAAGACAGGUGAGAGAGCAGAACCAAAGCCCCAGGGAGCCGUUAGAAGUCCCCAAGGGUUAGAGCUUCCACUCCCUAGUCGGGAUAGUGAGAUCCUCAGCCCAAUGGCUGAUGAAUCAUUAGCAGUAAGCCACAAAGACUCUCUAGAAGCCAGCCCUGUGCUGGAAGACAACUCCUCACACAAGACUCCCGAUUCUCUGGAACCCAGUCCUCUGAAAGAGUCCCCUUGCAGGGACUCCCUUGAGAGCAGCCCAGUGGAGCCUAAAAUGAAAGCAGGAAUUCUCCCAAGUCACUUUCCUCUCCCUGCAGCUAUGACCAAAACAGAUCUUGUUGCUGAAGUGGCUUCCAUGCGUUCUCGGCUGCUCCGAGACCCUGAUGGCAGUGCUGAGGAUGACAGCCUUGAACAGACGUCCCUCAUGGAGAGCUCCGGGAAAAGCCCCCUCUCCCCUGACACACCCAGCUCUGAAGAGGUUAGCUAUGAGGUCACACCCAAGACUUCAGAUUCAAGCACCCCGAAACCAGCUGUGAUUCAUGAAUGCGCAGAGGAGGAGGACUCUGAAAAUGGGGAGAAAAAGAGAUUCACGCCAGAAGAGGAAAUGUUCAAAAUGGUAACCAAAAUUAAAACAUUUGAUGAACUUGAGCAAGAGGCAAAACAGAAAAGGGACUACAAGAAAGAACCCCGGCAAGAUGGAUCCUCCUCAGCCUCAGACCCCGAUGCUGACUGUUCAGCAGAAGUGGAUGAACAGAAACAGAUGGAGAACGUGGCUGAUGAGGGUGAGGUCCCUGUAGUGGUGACUUCAGAGAGCAGAAAAGCUUCUUCCUCCUCUGAAAGUGAACCUGAGCUGACUCGGCUAAGUAAAGGUGCUGACUCAGGACUUCUGACAGAGCCGGUUAUUCGAGUGCAACCUCCGUCUCCCCUUCCAUCCAGCAUAGACUCUAAUUCCAGCCCUGAAGAAUCCCAGUUCCGGCCUAUCGCUACCAAGCAAUACACUUUCAAGAUGAAUGAGGAUUUUCAAGAGGAGCCGGGUAAGUCAGAAGAAGACAAAGAUGGCGAAUCUCAUUUAGCUGAAGACCGUCAGACUCCUUCUACGGAUGGUGUUGAUAGGUCUUACGAUGAUCUGAACAGAGAGACCCAUCAGUCAGAAACCUGUGAUGGCCAUGGUUGUGAGGCUGUGAGCCCUAGUGACUCAGCCAACCUUGUCUCCUUAGGAGUUCAGAGUCCAGCCUAUAAUGAUGCUGAGGAACAGCUGGCCAUUGAUAAAGAGUCACUGGUCCUCCAGGAGCCUUGUGAAAAUGACCCGAAAGGAAGAGAGCUUGAUCCUUCUAGAGUGGAAUCUGCGCAAACAGAUUUCCCCAGUGAUGGCUCUUCCUUGCCUUUGUCUCAUUCUGCAGUGUCUGAAAGACAGGACUCAGCUAAAGAAAUACCCUCUCCAUCUUCCACUGUAAAAGCAGAGGUCACAAUAACUACUCAGACUUCAGAGAGCACGUCAGAGGACUGUCUGACUGAAGACUUAUCCCCUCCAACUCAAACGGAUAGGUUUGCCAUGAAUGUUCCAGUGUCUGACUUCGCUGAGACUGAUGACAAUUCUGACCCUCAAAUAACCAGCCCUUAUGAAAACGUUCCUUCCUCAUCAUUUUUCUCUGGUGAGGAGAGCAAAAUCCAAACAGAUACCUGUCAUGCCGCAGUUGUUUGCUCACCAGAAGUGUGUUCUGUUGUCAUCAGAUCCUCUGCUGAGGAUGCAGUAAUGACAAACUCCUCGAGUAGAACUGGCUCAAGCCAAGAGUCAAAUUUUGAGAGCCAUGGCCUAGAAACCGAACCUGAGCAAAAAAGAACCUUGUGGGGCGUGCAGGCAGAUGAGCCCCCCUCAUCUGCAGCCCCCGCGACACCCAAUGCACCAGCGGUCGCUGGUGAGCAAGUGAGCAAAGUCAUCAUCACCAAAACCGAUGUGGACUCCGACUCCUGGAGUGAAAUCCGCGAAGAUGAUGAAGCCUUUGAAGCUCGAGUGAAGGCGGAAGAACAGAAGAUAUUUGGUUUGAUGGUAGACCGUCAGUCCCAGGGUACCACUCCCGAUACUACCCCUGCCAGGACCCCAACUGAAGAGGGGACCCCAACGAGUGAACAAAACCCAUUCCUCUUCCAGGAAGGCAAGUUGUUUGAGAUGACCCGAAGUGGUGCUAUUGAUAUGACCAAAAGGUCCUAUGCAGAUGAAAGCUUACCGUUUUUCCAGAUCGGUCAAGAGUCCAAUGAAGAGACUGUCUCUGAAGACUCGAAGGAAGGAGCCAUGGGGGCCGAGCUGCCACAGCUGGAAAACAUAAGUGAGUCACUGGAACUUUCAGACUCCAAAGAAGCCAUAGACGAUGAGGGAGAAUUACUUCCUGAUGAUGUGAGUGAAGAAAUAGAGGAAUCACCUGCCUCAGAUGCUAACCUUGAUGCCCAAGUGAUGGCUCCCGCUUCCACUGAACUGCCCGCAAAAGAGCCCGUCUCCACAGCAGUGGAGGACCACCCCACCAUGCAGUCUAGUGAUACAUCUUCUCUGAGCACUGUGAAGCAGCUAUCUUGCCCUGCCUUCCCUCAGCAUGUUGUUCAGAUGGACUUUUCAACAGUCACUAGGUCUGUUCAUUCAGACCGGGAAGACGAGUCCCUAGAUUCUUCUCCAGAGGAACAGAAGUCUGUGAUUGAGAUCCCUACUGCACCCAUGGAAAAUGUGCCUUCUGCUGAAAGCAAACCUCAAAUUCCUAUGCAGAGUGUCUCCGCUUCGGUCCCAGUCCCUCCAUCUGCAGGGGAUGAGAGCGCAUUUUCUGAUGAUUUCUCAUCUGGUAUGGAUGAGGAAAGUAAGGAGGAUGACACAAAACCAAAGUCCAAAAUCCCCAUCAAAGCACCCACCCAAAGAACCGAGUGGCAGCUCUCCCAUUCAGACACAACUCUCCAGAAGACAGCUGCUCCCCAGGGACAAGAUGUGCUAAGCAGAGCCCCAGAUGGUAGAAGCAAAUCUGAAUCAGAUGCUAGUCCUUUGGACGCUAAGACCAAAUGCCCAGUAAAAGCCAGAAGUUACAUUGAGACAGAAACAGAGAGUCGGGAGAGGGCAGAAGGGUUUGAGUCAGAAUCAGAAGAAGGGGCCACCAAACCAAAGCUGUUUGCAUCCCGAUUGCCAGUUAAAAGCAAAAGCACCCCAUCUUCCAGCAGGACAGACACAAGCCCCACAAAAGAGAGUAGGGAGCAUUUCUUUGACCUUUAUAGAAACUCCAUAGAGUUCUUUGAGGAGAUUAGUGACGAGGCUUCCAAAUUAGUGGACAGACUCACACAGUCAGAAAGGGAGCAGGAGCCGCCUUCAGAUGACGAAAGUAGUAGUGCCCUGGAAGUGUCAGUCAUUGAGAAUCUGCCACCUGUUGAGACUGAGCAUUCAGUUCCUGAGGACAUCUUUGACACAAGGCCCAUUUGGGAUGAGUCCAUUGAGACUAUGAUUGAACGCAUCCCUGAUGAAAAUGGCCAUGACCGUACUGAAGAUCCCCAAGAUGAGCAGGAACGGAUUGAAGAGAGGCUGGCUUAUAUUGCUGAUCAUCUUGGCUUCAGCUGGACAGAAUUAGCAAGAGAACUGGAUUUCACUGAGGAGCAGAUCCACCAAAUCCGAAUUGAGAACCCCAACUCCCUUCAAGACCAGAGUCACGCACUGCUGAAGUACUGGCUGGAGAGGGAUGGGAAGCACGCCACAGAUACUAUCCUCAUUGAAUGCCUCACCAAGAUCAACAGGAUGGAUAUUGUGCAUCUCCUGGAGACCAACACAGAACCCCUCCAGGAGCGCCUGAGCCACAGCUAUGCAGAAAUGGAACAGACCAUUGUCCUGGACAACAGUGAAGGGUUUUCCGUACUUCAAGAGGAGCUCUGUGCAGCCCGGCACAAGCAGAAAGAGGAGCAAGCAACUUCCAAAGAAAGCGAGUCCAGCGACCACCCACCUAUGGUCUCUGAAGAAGACAUUUCUGUUGGUUACUCUACAUUUCAGGAUUGCAUCCCCAAAACUGACGGGGACAGCCCAGCAGCGGUGCUCUCUCCCCAAAUGCACCAGGAACCAGUUCAACAAGAUUUCUCAGGGAAAAUACAAGACCAGCAGGAAUGCCAUGUGACAACAUCAGGGGCAGAAGGAGCAGAGACUCAAAAGGCCACAGAGGUUCCUGGCUCUCUCUGUAAGACUCCUGAGGACAUCAGGACCCCUCCUGAGGAUGCCAGGACCCCUCCUGAGGAUGCCAGGACCCCUCCUGAGGACACAAAGUCUUGUCUCCAGACCCCAGUGACUAGUGAACGUAGUUCUCCUAUUGUGCAAGAACCCGAGGAGGCUCCUGAGCCCAAAGAGGAGAGGUCUCCAAGGAAAACUAGCCUGGUGAUAGUUGAGUCAGCAGACGAGCAGCCACGGGUCUUGGAAAAGCUCGACGGUGAUGCGGCUUUUCAAAAGGAGCUAACAGAGGAAUUAGGGGAGCUGGAGGCCAGCUCUGAUGAGGAGGCCAUGGUAACUACCAGGGUUGUCCGCCGGAGAGUGAUUAUCCAGGGAGAUGAUAUGCCUGACAUACCCCCAGAAUCUGUCACAGAAGAAGAAUAUAUUGAUGAGAAUGGACACACCGUGGUGAAGAAGGUUACCCGGAAAAUCAUUAGGCGGUACGUAUCCUCUGAUGGCAUGGAGAAAGAGGAGAUUACGAUGCAGGGAACGCCACAGGAGCCAGUCAACAUUGAGGAUGGGGACAGUUAUUCCAAAGUCAUAAAGCGUGUGGUAUUGAAGAGUGACACCCAGCAGUCAGAGAUGACCUUGGCUGAACCCAGCAUUUUGUCCAGUACCUCACAGUUUCAGGCCGAACCAGUAGAAGGCCGUAGAGUGAGCAAAGUUGUUAAAACAACGGUGGUACACGGAGAAAGGAUGGAGAAAAGCCUGGGGGACUCUAGCUUAGCCACUGACCUUCCUUCAGCCAAAGAUGACUUUGAAGAGGCUUUGGGUUACACAGGUAGCCACAUGAAAGUCCAUUUCCCCAGUUUAGUAGAGAACGAAAUCCUGAAGGAGGAUGGAUCAAUAAUUAAGAGGACAACAAUGAAUAAAGCCAGUACCCAGAAGAGGGCUGUGGUGAAGGACCAGCAGGGGAAACGCAUCAGCCUGGAGCACCUGGAGGAUGUCCCCGGAGCCCUAGACCAAGACGACCUCCAGAGAGAUCUCCAGCAACUCCUUCGGCAUUUCUGCAAGGAGAACACAACGCCAGAGGCCAAAUGAGGAGCUGCCCAGUUCUCAGCAGAAACCACACACCUACGCGAUAUGCAACUUCCCACUUUCUCACCGAAGUAACCUAAGUGACCUAAUUAAUUCCCGGGAUCCCGUGACAUUUCUAGUCUCGGCAAACACACGGCAUUGUCUUUUGCUUCCUUCUCCCAACCCCUCUCUAACUAUAAGCUAAUUUGUGACCAAAGAUAGCAUCCUUCAUUCUGGAUGCUGUGUCCACUCUUUUGAGCAUCCGUGCUAACCUGGGAACUGGCGCCUCCCUUCUUCUUUGCUUCUGCCCCAGCUCCAUGAAAAUCCACCAAUCAGAAGAACUUCACCUGCAGACUUCUUCAAGCGACAGAGGGGGAUCCGCCCGAGGAGAUCCAUGUAUAAUGUACAUAGCCGAAAUUCUCAGAUGAACAACAGUAAAACUGAAACCACUGCCUGUCAUAAUUACACUGGGCAUCACGGACUAAAAGCCUCUCGGAAUUGCCGAACCACGGUUAAUUAAGAUAGCGCUAACACAGUCGAAGGAUAAUGCAGUUCUCCAGAGGGAACACUUCAGACCUAGACAUGUCCUUAGCACUUCCAGAGUAGCCAUUGCUCCGAAAGACAGGGUCAUCAUCUUGGAGAAUGAUCCCAAGGAGCUGUCUCUCGUACUGGUCAGCCAUGGCUGAUGGCUCUCCAACUGCCACCCUGAGGGAGGGGACGCAGGGGGCACAGACGCGCGGAUGGAAACAAUGAGGUAUUCUGGUGCUAGAAGCUGCAUGGGUGGUGUUCUGGCACUUUCAGGUGUUUUCGAUUUUGGACACGUUGGCAGGGUAUUUUCAAAGCUAUAACUACUGUAGUUUUCCGGUGUUCAUUGCUGCUUUAGCAAACCACGCUGUCUUACCGGUGGUACUUUCUUCUGGCCACUGCACUGUAGAUAAUUCAUUGGAAACAAGAUGUACGCACCACAGAAAACGUUAAUUGCUGUCACCAUGUUGGAGUGGUUUCUUUUUCUUUUUUUUUUUCCCCACCAGAUGUAUCUCUUUUCUAGUACCUGCAUGUGGCAUUAAACACACACACACACACACACCCCUUCUUAUCAUAUUAAUGGUUUUCACCCUGGGCUUUCACUUUCUAGCUACGUCUGCUUUUCAGCUUGCAGACAAGAUUGAGAAAUCCUUGGAAAAUUUGGUUUUGGUUUUGAUUAAUUCUUUUUUUUAAUUUGAUUUAUUUAUUUGAAACCCUUGGAAACUGAAGUGCAGUUGUGCAACUUUCUGUUUGUUUCAGAGAAGGGACAAUGACAGUCUGAGUGAUCCCCAUGCCCCAUGUCUAAUCCCUUUAGUGGUUGAAGCUGUGUAGCAUUUUAACAUAUAAAUAUAUAUAUUCACAAAUAUAUUCAUAUAAACAGUAUACGUUUUGAAUCAGUUAUUUGUUAAAGAAAAGUAUAUUCAAUGAAGAUGAAAUUUAAAAAGAAAAAAACGAAAGAAAGAAAGGAAACAGUGUACUCUCCUGAGAUUGAACUUUUUCCAAUCCCAUCUGGCCUUUUCCUGUGUGCAGAACUGACUCAUUGCUCGGAAUGUCAGACACAAGCAGGACAAACAACGGUACUUCAUCUUUUAAAGUAACAUUGCCAAGAAAGGAAUUUGCUUGGGAGAGAGGUGUCCCAUCUGCCAAAUCUCCUGAGCCCCCAACACUAGCACUUUCCCGGGGGACUGAGUAGAAACAAAGUAUUUGCUGACAUCCAGAACGAGGGAAGCAGGUGGCAGCCCUUUUUGAGAGAUGCCCUGGCCGUCUUGUCAGACUUCACCGGAACUCAUGAAAAGCCUUCCUGUUGUGUUCUUUGCAGUGCAGAUGAUGUCUGUGUAGCAACAUAAUGGUUACUCACCUUUUUUUGAUUCUGAUUUUUUUUUUUGCUGUGUUAUCAAAAAAAAAACUUGAAUACUGUGAGAAGAAGUGAAUUUUCAGUUGAUGAAUCAGCAUCUUGUUCCCAUGGUGAUAACACUAAUUGAAUAUAUCUAUGAGGGCAUGUAUUAGUUAAUGGAAAACAAUACAACACUAACAAUACAUAGCUGCAAUGUUGUACAAUGGCUGAUUUAACUAAAUAAAAUGUACAAGUGUUAAAUGUG